AUGGCGGCUUUUUUACGUGCCGUGCACAACCGAAAUUUUCACGAAAGAAUUCUUCGGAGAGAGCGAGUAUUUCGUGAAAGGUGUAACCCCUUGGCAGAGUUCACCGACGAGGAACUUUACUCGCGUUAUAGGUUUGAUAGAAACGGUGUUUUGUUUAUAACCGACCUCAUAAGGGAAGAAAUUGAAUCGCCAACCGAGAGAAGCUGCGCCAUUCCUCCCGAAAUAAAGGUAUUGAUAGCGCUGCAAUUUUACGCCUGCGGAACAUUUCAACGGACAGUAGGGGAUACAAUAAGAAUUUCUCAACCUUCAGUGUCUCGAAUAAUUAAUCUUGUGUCCUCGAGCCUUUCCAGGAGGUUGGGGGAUUUCAUAAAGUGGCCUGCAGCUGCAGAUAUUCCGGAUAUUCAGAGGGGUUUUUUCACCAUCGCAGGUUUUCCUGGCAUAGUUGGUAUUAUUGACGGGACUCACAUCCGCAUCACAGCACCAAACGCCCAUGAAGAACAAUUCGUAAAUAGGAAAAACUACCACUCAAUAAACGUUCAAGUUGUUGUGGACAACAAAUGUAAUUUCACUCAACUAAAUGCCAAAAGGCCAGGGAGUACUCACGACUCCAGGGUGCUCAGAGAGAGCUCAAUAGCCAAUGUUUUUGAACGAGGGCAGGGCGAAAAUGAAGAAGUUUACCUGUUAGGCAACACGGGUUAUCCCUCAAAACCAUGGCUGCUCACACCGUUCCUUCAACCAGGCAAUCGCCCUGAAGCACGUUACAACGGAGCUCACAGAACAACUCGAAGUCUCGUUGAACGAACCAUCGGUCAAUGGAAGCGACGGUUCCACUGCCUGCACGGUGAAAUAAGGCUGUCACCAGAACGUACGUGCAGGGUAAUUGCAGCGUGUGCAGUACUCCACAACAUCGCAAAGCAACAAGGCUUCCCGGACAUUGAUGAGGACGAUCCGAUGGAUGACCCUCCACAUCCACAGCCAGACCAACCAGCACAGCUGCAUGACAACGGCGACCUUGUCCGAAAUCAUGUAGUCCACACAUAUUUCCAGUGA